AUGGUUGCAAUUAAACACCUCGGGCUUGCCGCUGGCCUUCUCACUAUUUCCUGCCCUGCACUGGCUGCCGUGGCGGAUGAAGAUAACGGCGUUUCCCUGAGAUCUGAACCUGACUUGGAAACUCUGCUGUUUUCCGUGAGAGCUCAGGAUGAAGACCUUGAGGAGCGUGACUUGACCCUCGAAAUUGAGCUCGCGGAACGUGAGCUUGAGGAGCGCUUUCGACCAGGCGUUAAAAAGUCAUCGGCUACUAGUAGCUCAAGGAGUGGACCAACCCAUCGUCCCCGUUACUAUGACGAGGAUGAAGGACUUUAUCGCCGUGCUCGACCAGGUGUUAAAAAGCCAUCACCCACUUCUAGCUCGAGGAGUGGACCAACCCAUCGUCCUCGUUACUACGACGAGGAUGAAGGACUCUAUCGCCGUGCUCGACCAGGCAUUAAAAAGCCAUCGGCUACUACUAGCUCAAGGAGUGGACCAACCCACCGUCCUCGUUACUACGAUGAAGAUGAAGGACUCUAUCGCCGUGCUCGACCAGGCGUUAAAAAGCCAUCGGCUACUAGUAGUUCAAGGAGUGGACCAACCCAUCGUCCUCGUUACAUCGAUGAAGAUGAAGGACUCUACCGCCGCGGCCGCGCCCGACCAGACAUUAGAAAGUGUGCGCCAACCCAUGCUCCUCGCCCUCGUUACUACGAUGAAGAGUCUGAGGAAUGGGUAUAA